CCAUUAAAUAAUUUGCUUUGCUUUUUGACUUCAGAGUUGACGAUGCUCUGUACGAUCAUUCAAUAAUUUCGCCCAUGCUGUUCUACUUUUUCCGCGAAAUUUCGCCCCGGUUUCCCAGCAGUUGCCCAUUCAAUAUGUGCUCUCUCUUUCUCUCUUUUUUUUCUCUUUCUCUUUCUCUCGCACUCCCCUAAUUUGCUUUGCUUUGGUCGGUUUCCUAGAAGGUGCCCAUUCAAUAAUUUGCUUUGCUUUGUGACUUCAGAGUAGACGACGCUCUCUAGUCUCUACCCGAUCAGUCUGAUUAUAAAUCAAAGAGGUAGACUUUGAUUGAUCUCCAGUUUUCUCCAACACAUCCAUUCUUCUCUGCUCCCUCUGUUCAAUGACUACUACUACAAGACGCAAAGAGCCCGCCGCCUCCUCCUCCUCCUCCUCCUCUUUCGCUUCUCGGAGCAGCGGCUGCUAUCACGUGUUCUUGACCUUCAGAGGCAAGGACACUCGCCUUAACUUCGUCGACCAUCUCUACACGGCCCUUACAAAAGCCGGAUUUCGCACCUUCAGGGACGACGAUGAAAUCCAAAGUGGAGAAAGCAUCAAGGUUGAGCUGGGGAGGGCAAUCAAAGAGUCGAGGCUUUCAAUUGUUGUCUUGUCCAAAAACUACGCGUCUUCAAGCUGGUGCCUCGAUGAGCUUGCGAUGAUCCUCGGAAAACGACGGAGGGGGGACCCUGCCCACGUGGUUCUGCCGGUGUUCUACCGCGUGGAUCCGUCGGAUGUCAGGAAACAAAAGGGAGUUUAUGCGGAGGCAUUUGCGAGGCAUGAAGAGCGAUUCAAGUUCGAGGUGGGAGAGGGUGAAGCAGCAAAGGAGUGGAAGGAGAAAUUGAAAGGGUGGAGAAAAGCGCUGGAGGAAGUUGCUGGUUUAGCAGGAAUGCCAGAUGGAGUUGAUAGGUACGAGUCAAAGCUUAUCCAAAAAAUUGUCAAGGUGGUUGAAGACAAGCUAAGCCGACCAAGAGUCUUGAAUGUUGCCACUUACCCCAUUGGACUAGAUUCCCGUGCCAAAAGCAUUAAUUUGUGGUUACAAGAUGGGGGGGUUGAUGUUGGAAUUAUUGCCAUUUGUGGGAUGGGUGGAAUUGGCAAGACAACCAUUGCUAAAUUUGUGUACAACUCAAACUUCUCAAAAUUUGAAGGUAGCAGCUUCCUGGCAAAUAUAAGAGAAAUUUCUGGACAACAAAACGGUUUAAUUCGUUUACAAAGCCAACUUCUUUCAGAUAUUCUGCGUGGAAGAGAGGAAGAAAUACGCCAUGUUGAUGAAGGGAUUCUUAAGAUUAAAGAAGCUAUUGGUUUUAAAAGAGUUCUUAUAGUUCUUGAUGAUGUGGAUAAACAAGAACAAUUAGAUGUAGUCCUUGGAAUGAAGGAUUGGCAUUCACCAGGUAGUAAAUUGAUCAUAACUACUAGGCACGAGGACUUACUAAGAGCUCAUGAGUGUUGGAAAGUACACAGGGUAGAGGAGUUGAAUCACGACGAAUCCCUACAGCUUUUCAGUUGGCAUGCCUUUGGACAAAGCCAUCCUAUUGAUGGUUAUUUGAUAGACUCAAAAAGGGCAGUAGAUUAUUGCAGCGGGCUUCCAUUAGCUGUUAAAAUUUUGGGUUCUUCCCUAUCUGGUAGAAGUUUAGAUGUGUGGAAAAGUCAACUACAAAAAUUGAAGGCAAUUCCAGACAAUAAAAUCCUUGAGAAACUCAAACUAAGUUACGACUCUUUACAAGAUGACCAUGACAAAGAUUUAUUCCUUGAUAUUGCUUGCUUCUUUGUUGGAGGGGACAAAGACACCACAACUACAAUCCUAGAGGGAUGUAAUUAUUUCACAGUGGUUGGGAUUCAAAAUCUUAUUGACAGAAAUAUGUUAACCAUUGAAGGUAACAAGCUUGUGAUGCAUCAAUUGAUUCAGGAAAUGGGAAGGGAAAUUGUCCGGCAAGAAUCACCCAAAGAGUUAGGAGGACGUAGCAGGCUCUGGAAUCACAAGGAUUCCUUUAGUGUCUUGAAGGGAAAAAUUGGCACAGGAAAAAUCAGAGGCCUCGUUCUUGACAUGUGCUCAAAUGUACCAUUGGAAGGUGAUGCAUUUUCUGGGAUGUCCAAUCUCCAACUUCUACAGAUUAGUCAUGCAGAAUUAUUUGGAAACUAUGAAAUUUUCCCCAAAGGAUUGAAGUGGUUGCAUUGGUCUCAUUUCCCUUUAGAAAGGAUACACAAGGAUUUUCCUUUGGACAUGCUGGUUGCUCUUGAAAUGCCUUAUAGUUGCUUGAAAAAGGUUUUAAAUGGAACCAAGGUUUGUUUCCUAUUUCCCUUUCUUUUUAUUUCUUCUAUCAAUUUGUAAUUUCAUUAGAUUUUUAACCAAAUUAUUAACAUUCGUUCUCUCUUGUUGUUUUACAGUGCCUCGAAUUACUAAAAAUCCUUAAUCUAAGUCAUUCCUGUUAUCUUUUUGAGACUCCUGAUU